AUGAUAAUUCAUAAGUUAACUUUGUAUUGCAGACGGUUCUAUAGAAUUGCUGAGAGUGCCGUGAUGUGGCUUUUUCGUACUGAAAUUUGUUUAUUUCUGUCAGUUUCCGCCAUUCUUUCAGCGUUUUGUGUACUUGAGUCCAUACUUCACCCUGAAGAAAACUCCGAAACGUUGGAAGUAUUGACAUUAUCAAAUGAUACCAGUUCAGAUUCAGAACUUGACGAUAAUGCUUCUUCACCAAUCGAAAAUAUAUCAACUUUCAUAUCACUUGUCCUGGGGCUGUUUGCAGUUCUUUUGGUUCUCUGGAAAGUAGCUGUAGUUAUGUUUUUUGGAAGCUUGACAUCUGCUGAAAGAGUAUCCCUUUCCAAGUCUCUCUUUCGUUUUGUUCUUUUCCAUUUUAUCAUACUUUCCGGCGCAAUUAAUCCUUCUCGACUGACAAGUCUCUUGGGAUGGCUUUGUUGGUUCAGUAUUCUCGGUGUGUUGCACAUGUUAACAUCUGUGGCUUCUUCCAGAUGUAACCAAAUGUCGGCUUCUGGUGCCGUAAACAUGCGCCAGUGGUUGCGGAUAUACUGUAUGUUUAUUAUCAUUUCUUUUGCAAAUUGGUACUUACUUAAAGCCGGUUUGGAAAACUGCUUCACGUUGGCAGACAUAGAUGUCUCAACUAGUGGAGACUUUUUAGAUCUUCAUUCACGGAAUUCCUUCUUAACUGGCCUCAAAACACCAACUGUGUUGGGUGCAUUGAAAGCUAAAAUAACAGGGAAAAAGGAGCUUUUGUAUGAUGCUGUUGAUGUUGUCGCCCUACUUAUAUCUGAGUUUGCGCUUCUGAUGUGUACAAUAUCACAUCUUGUUUGUGGAUUAAUCAUACAGACAUAUGACCGUUGGUGUCUACGCAAUGGUCAAAGCUGGCAAUACCAUUCAACAGUUACGUACUAUUAUGAGCUCUUUUUCACAUGCUUUUACCGGCUAACAGAAAUAACGCACUAUCUACAUCUUCUAUUAUGGAGUAGAGUGUUUUCUGUGGCUAGCCUUGUUGUUUUCUUGCAUAUACGUGUAUCUUACUCAAACUUGGCUAACAGUAUAUCUCGCCACCUAGCACAAAGACGACUAAUGAAAUACAUCAAUGAGAACUACCAGGCUUGCAAGACAGGGUAUUAUGUCGCUUCCAAGGAUGCUAGUGAAAAAACAGAAACAGACGAUAAGACUUCACAAAUGUUCUACUUUGAUAACGAAAAUCAAUCUGCACUUAUUUGUGCAAUAUGUUGGGAUGUUAUGACAGAUUGGCGUCGACUACCAUGUCGUCAUGAUUUCCACGAACACUGUCUUCGUGCUUGGCUUGAACAGAACCCAAGUUGUCCUACUUGUCGGCGUGAUUUGGGCAUACCUCCUAUACUUCUUCACAAUCAUAACAGGACACAACGGUCGGAAAACGUAGCAUUUGGUAUGCUUGUUCGAAACUUGUUCAAUAAUGUUGGAAACGAAGGUCCAACUAAUCGUAACGGAGUCAAUAAUGUACAGCCACUGAUUACACCUCAUAAUGCAAUUCAACCUAACCAAACGUCUGGUAUUUCCAGGAUGUUCGCUACGGCUGUAGGGUUAAAUCUUGGAUUAAGUAUUGGUUCUGCCCCAGUUGUCGCUGCUGCCGCUCAAACGGCUGCACUAAAUGCACUACCUCGUGAAUCAGGCACACAAGGUUCUGUUGCUAGUAUUUCUGGCUCACAGACUGAAGAAACACCAAAUGUCCAUACACAGAAUGAGGAUAAUUCAUCUGUACGAGAAGCAACGCAUACUGAUGACCAAAAUCAAACUGCUCCAGGAAAUGAAGCUAGAGACCAAAUUAGACGUAGAUCUUUCCAUUUUGAUGGAUCACGCUAUUUCUCCUGGUUACCAUCUUUACAUGUUGAACUGUCUGAAGUAUUUCGUGAGGUAUUUCAUGUUGGUGGAAUUCAACCCUACAGUGCAAUUAACGAAUUGAAUAAUCAAACAAAUGGUCAACAAACGACAGGUUUUAAUCAUACUAAUGUUCAUAAUUCUAUGUUUAAUGGGAAUAGUGAUUUGAAUGUAUUACCAUUAUAUCUACGUUCUGCUGUUGACCAACUAACCAAUAUGUUCCCACAAUUCUCACGUUCUGUGAUAAUUGCUGAGCUUUUAGCUACAGGCGUUCCAGAUUUAGCAGCAGAAAAUUUAAUGGCUAGACCAUCACCGAUAACCCCUACUUCAAGCUCUAGUAACAUGAUUCCUACUACUAGUGCUAUUGUAAAUCAGAAUAAUUUAUUCGACGUAACAACUAAUAUAAACCGUGAAGCUGAAGAUACCUAUCAAUUUACAUCAUCCAGUCCUCCUUCCUUAUUAAUUGAACAACUGGGUACAGCAGAUGGUGAUGAAGGUGAAGAUGAAGUACUAAAUGGUGACAGAAACUCAUCUUUCGCUGCCAGGCGUAAGGCAAUGUUAUGCAAAGCCAGAAAACGUUUUAUAGCAAGAAUUAAUAAUUCUUAG